GGGGAAAGAGAUGGCAUAAGAGACAGAGAGAGUGGGAGAGGACCACAGCGAAACUAUCUGCAGGCACAGACAGACACAGAUAUCCAUCCAGACAGACAGGCAGGCCUCGCUCCCCAGCACAGAAAGAUGAGCUCUCAGAUGUACACAGAGCUGUCUGCGGCUCCCUCGUCUGGCUCAGCCCUGGAGCUACGCUUUGCAGAGGACACCUCUCUCACUGAGGUGAUGCGGCUACGUGUCCAGUCCCUGCAGCGGAGCGGUCAGAGGCGACAGGAGGGGGAGCGGUUGCUCCUCCCCCACGAGGCUGUCUACCGUCUGGACUUUGCCAAUCAGGAGCUGACGUUCGUCCACUGGUCGGUGUCUCUGAUUGGCAAUGGCAGAGUGACCGUCACGGGGAUCUCCCAGCUCUGGACCCCUGACCUCACACACUUGAUGACCCGGCAGCUUCUAGAACCCGUCGGAACAUUCUGGCGGAACGCUGGCGACCCGGAGGACACACCCCUCAAGUGUCUGGAGGCAGACAUCCAGGAGUUUGGGGAGCGAAUCGCGGAGCUGGCCAAGGUCCGCAAGGUCAUGUACUUCCUGUUUGCCUUUAAGGAGGGGGCAGAGGCUGACAAGGUCAGCAUCUCCGUGGAGUUUAAUCAGGCCUGACCUAGAAACCUUAAAGUGAUACUUUUGGAUUUUGGCAAUGAGGCCCUCUGGACACAGAAGUGUGUGCUUCUCUGUGUCCAGUAUGAAGGUAGAUAGAGGUAGUUUUGCGAACCAAUGCUAAUGAUACCAUUAUGAUACCAACACUAGUUAGCAUUGGCUCACAAAACUAUGUGAAACUACAUCUAACUUCCUUCAUACUGGACAUAAACAUACAAAUGGUAUCCACGAGUUCAUCUGACUCUGGGGAAGUAGAUAAAGGGCCUCAUUGACAAAAUCCCGAAGUAUCCCUUUAACUGCUUCCUCUUCCCUCUACUCCUCUAGUCUCCCACUCUCCAUUCUAAGGGAAUGCCUUCUAUUACAACCAUUCUAGGUUGGGCCAGUCUACACCCCCUGCCCACACAAACCCACGAGUCCCAUCUCUCAUCUGAGUGUGUGCGCACUUCCUUCCUGAACAUCUAUCUAUCUAUGCAUGUCAGUCAAUAAUCUGCUAGAAACCACCUUCUGAGGUACAGUAGUUACACAGUAGUAACAGUAGGCUGCAGAAUCACUAACUUAGGUUAGAAUCCUAUAGCUACGGGUACCUGCCAAAAUAAAGGAAACACCAACAUAAAGUGUCUUAAUAGGGUGUUGGGCCGCCACGAGCCAGAACAGCUUCAGUGCAACUUGACAUAGAUUCUACAAGUGUCUGGAACUCUAUUGGAGGUUUGCGGCACCAUUCUUCCAGAAGAAAUUCCAUAAUUUGGUGUUUUGUUGAUGGUGGUGGAAAACGCUGUCUCCUCCGCUCCAGAAUUUAUAUAUUUAAGUAUGACGGGAUGUUAACUGCUUAAUUAACUCAGGAACCAUACCUAUGUGGAAGCAGCUGCUUUCAAUAUACUUUGUAUCCCUCAUUUACUCAAGUGUUUCCUUUAUUUUGGCAGUUACCUGUACAUUUAUAUUGAAAACCUGAAUGAAUAAGUCUUUCUGAUCCUUCUUUAUAGGAAAUAUUAGAGAACCAAUGCUGCAAUGUAACUCCAACUACCUGCUGUACUAUGACUCUAAUCUACACUGUAUUACUCUCCUAUUACACUGCACUGAUAUACUAGUUACCAUAUUCACUUUGCAUGAAAUAUCACAACAAUAUACUGUAAACUGGCCAUGUCCUCUACUGCUGUCCAAUAAAGAGAUGUAGGUACUC